AUGCGAUUACUUCGACUCGAGGAAGGAGACAGCGUUUCUCUUACUGACGACCUGACGCACGACAUUCCACCAUAUGCCAUACUCUCUCAUACUUGGGGAGCACGCGGAGAGGAGGUCACAUUCCAGGACAUCCAGAACAAAGAUUUCCAACAGAAGCCCGGUUAUGGCAAAAUCUUGUUUUGCGGAAGGCAGGCACAGCUUGACGGCCUCGAAUAUUUCUGGGUUGAUACAUGCUGCAUCGACAAAACGAGCUCAGCCGAGUUGGCCGAAUCCAUCAACUCAAUGUACCGCUGGUAUGAAAAUGCACACAAGUGCUACGUCUACCUUUCCGAUGUGUCGAUAAAUUUCGAUCGAAAUACCCCACCUCUGCUGUCGUCUUGGUUACAUGGGUUUCGAAAAAGCAGAUGGUUCAAGCGAGGUUGGACGCUGCAAGAGCUAGUUGCACCACAGGUAGUGGAAUUCUUUUCUUCCAAUGGCCAAAAGCUCGGCGACAAGACAUCCCUGGAGGAGCCAAUUCACAACAUAACAAACAUACCUGCACCGUCACUUCGUGAUUUCUCGCAGUCCAAUAUUGAUCUCAAGACAAUAUUCUCCUGGUGCCAAAAUCGAGAAACAACACGGCCCGAGGACAAGGUCUACUCGCUUUUGGGCUUGGUCGGGGUCUCUAUGCCAGUGAUAUACGGUGAAGGGGAAGGAUCCGCGUUUCUAAGGCUGUGCGCUGAAGUGCUCCAGCGUGACCCAAAACAAGGCCAAAGUCUAUUGAUGUUUGUCACCGAGAUCGGUCAUGCCCCAGCACUUCGCAUCCUAGUUCGCGGAAAGGAGAAUAUUGAAUCAAAAAACGAUAACGGCAAUUCCCUUCUUGCACUAGCAGCCUCAAACGGCCACGAGGCGGUUAUCCGAAUGCUUCUCGACAAAACCAAAAAAAAGCUACGGCCGACCCCGUUGGAAAACCUUUGGAAAUCCGCACUAAAAGGCGGUUUGACUUGA